UCUCAUCCCAUUCGUCCCCAUCCAUAGGAACACAGCGAACGGAGCUGCUGCUGCCCCACAAGGGAUAAGGCUAGCCCAUGCACACCAUGGAGUCGGAUGACUCACGAGCCAGCACGAACCCGUCCAACUCAAGCGAGUCCCGCUCGAACUCACCCGUAAAGGAUACGGGCGGCGGUGCGGACGAGGUCGCGUCUAGCCAUGCGGCGGAUAUGACAUCCAUCGCCGUCGCAGUCGCCGCCACCGCUGCUGCAAUGAACAGAUCCCGGCGGGCGGACUCCACCAGCAGCUCCUCGUCCAACUCAAGUUCCAGCUCGAACCGCAGCCAAAGGUCAAAGUUGCAGAACAAGAGCUCAAGCAGCAGUUCGGGUAGCGUCAGUGAUAGCAGCAGUAGCAGCAGUUCCGGCAGCGAGGACGAAGCGGACCCAGAACCAGAUCGGGGAGUGAUCGAUCGGCCGCGUGACCGAGAGGAGACCACCAACACCGACUCGAGACCCGACUCGCGGCCCGACUCAGUACCACCGACGGCGGGGGGCAGUGUUGGAUCACCGAAUGCCGCCACCAAAUCACCGCAGAACUCGCUUCUCUCCUCGGUUAGAAGCCGCAGCAACAGUCCGCAGCUGUACAACCAGGCGGCUGUGGAUCUCAACAUUAGCCACGAGGAUUUGAGUGAUGUGAGUGAAAUUGACACAGACGAGAAGCGGGCGUCGUCGAAGAACUCACUCCAUCCCGAUGUAGAUGAUGAUGACGGGGCCAUUUCCAAUGACACACUGCCAGGUCUGGGCGAUUAUGAGGAGGAUGGCGCAGCCGGUGGGAAGCUGAACGGCAAGGCUCCACGGAUAAACAGUCCACAGGAGAUUCGAGGAUCACCCACAGAAUCAAAUACUGAGGACAGCACUAAUGGCAGAGAAGCUCUGCCAUCGACGGGUCUGCAGGAGGAGGAUCUUGUCAAGACACACGAUGACGAUGCUCUCGAUUUUGAGGCGGAGGAGGGCGAGUGUCCGGACAUAGCCAGAGACAGGGACCAGGGCAAUGCCGAUGCAAAAGCCAAUCAAACAAACACUACAGUAAAGGGGGCCUCAUCGUCACCCACGUCCACAUCCAAUCGACACUCGGACGAUGACGAUGGCGAAGUGGAAGGCGGCGAGAAGGAUAUCGAAGAAGGCGGCGUUGUUGGCGAUGACGAUAAAAAUGGCGUACUGGAGGUUGAAAGCGCCGCAGAAAUUGCAGCUGCUGCCAAAAAGAAAAAGGACGAGGAGGAGCUGGAGGAGGGCGAGGUGUCCGAUGAGGAUGAGAAGCGGCCCGAGGAGACAGAACCGAAGCCUAUCUGUAGGUUUUAUACGCGCGGCCAGUGCACCUGGGGCAUGAGCUGUCGCUUCCUGCAUCCAGGUGUCACCGACAAGGGCAAUUACACAAUGUUCGAGGGUCUCGUUCGAUCCGUGCCCAUGCAGGGCGGCAGCGGUGGUGUUGGCGGCGGGGGUGGCGUUGGUAGCGUUGGUGCUGGCGGUGGCGGAGGCGGCGGCGGUAGUAGCGGUGUCUCUGCCCCGCGACCAGUCAGUGCAUAUGCCCCACAUCCCGCAUCGCCGGCCGACUAUCAUGACUAUCGGAAUGAGAGGCCGCCGUUGCAUCAUCGACCGCCGCCGGUGCAUCAUGCGCCGAGCAUGUAUGGAAACCAUCACGAGGCGAGGCCUGUCCUGUUGCCGGAUGGGCCCGUGGUGGUGGAGAAUGCCUGGGAGCGGGGACUGCGAACAGCCAAGGAGAUGAUGCGGAAAGCGAACAAAAGGAAGGAGCAGGAUAUGGACUUUGAGGACAAGAAAAUGAACCUGACCCUCUCGCCCGACGAGCUUGAGAAGGAUCCGUACUACCUUAAGGAACGGGGGAACAACAGCAGCCCGUCCGGCUCACCGUCACCAGCACCGGUGCGUGAGCAGCAACUUGCACUUCCACUACCCAUGCAUCUACCAGCAUCAUCUACUGGCAGUCAUGCUAAUUCCCGCGCUCUCUUCCCCUUGCAGUACCCAAUGUACGGUCCGCCGGCGCCGGAGCGUUACGGCCGGCCACAGUAUAUGGCGAUGCCGUAUGAGGAUGUGGAUGCGUAUGGCAGGAUGACCAGAUAUCGCGAGCUACCACCACACCGAAUGCCACACUACGAAGAUGAUCGACGUCUGCGUCCUGCACGGGAGGUGAUCGUCCAGCGUGUGGAGUCCGCGAGUGGCAGGGGCGAUGAGUGGAGUGAUCCCUGGAUGAGAUCCAAAUCGAUGGGACGUGGCUCGUACGAGCGGGACGAUCGUCGCAGACGUGACCGCCGGAGCUACACAUCCAACACAUCAUAUUCCAGUUCAAACAGUUCUCAGAGCGACUCCAGCACGGAUUCGUCUCGCUCCAGCAGUGCCUCGGACCACAAGCGACGCGGCGGCGCCGGCUACGGCGCCGGUGGUGGCGGUGGCGGUGGCUCGCACAAGGUGCCUGCCUCUGCCAGGCGGCCACCGGCAGGACGAGCGGUGCGUUCGCCCAGCCAGAUACCGCGUCGACGCCGAAACUCGACAAAGGCAAGCCCCUCACCCUCCUACAAGAGAGCCGCUGGCCUGGAAAAGCGCACCAGUCCCGCCUCGAAGCGGAAGAAGGUAUCUUCGCCUUCGCCCAAGAAGUUCGACAAAAGGAGGCGAGGUCGCAGCUCCACCUCAUCUGAAUCAGAUUCAUCGGAUACCUCUUAUUCAGAUUCGGAAUCGGGAUCUUCAUCGUCGACCACAUCGUUGGAGUCACCGCAGAAGAGAAUACGAGCCACAGACAAGGCGCUUAAUGAGCGUAAAUUAAUUAAAAAGCCCGCUGAACAAGCGACCAAAAAGCGUUCGCCGAUUUCCAUUGAGAUUAAGAAGCCAUCGACCAUGGUGGGGGUAUCCGCACUGGCAUCGCCAAUCCACUCAGGCGAACCGGACAAGCAUGGUCAUUCACCCAUCAAGGAUAAGAUCAAGGAAAAGGAUAAGGAUAAGGAUAAGGACAAGGACACGGAUAAGGAUGGCGGCGGCAAGCAUUCAAGAAGGGAAGAGCUGCUUAAGCAGCUGCGUGCCGUCGAGGAUGCGAUUGCCAAGAAGCGAUCAAAGCUCACCUGAUUGCCACCGGCACCGGCACCGGCAGCACCACCACCUAUCCUCCUCAUUGCUCUUAUCGUAGUAGUCACUGUUGCCCCACUUAUACUUUCAAUACGCAGCCCAAACCCAAACCGUUACCAAUGCCCUUACGCAAGUCGAAUCGCUUGCAAUCUUCAGCAGGAACCCCUGUAUCCGCAACGGAGGCGGCUACAUCCCGCUAUUAUGAUCAUGGAAAAACUGGGUGUGGCCUCAACGGCCUUCUAGCGUUGUUUAUUUACAAGAUAUACUACUUAGAUGUUACGCUACAUUCGCAUCGUAUUCGUUCGAUAUCAUGCCUCCCCGGUUCUCCUUGGAACCCAGUUGAGCGCAAUUCAAAUUACAAUACACAUUUCAGUGCAUUUAGUCUUAAAACACCUCCCCUUUUUUUUUGUUUCACUCCGCCUUGACUACCACCAAGAAAUGAUGGAACAUUUAAUUAAUUGUUUAUAAUAGGUCCAAAAUAAAAUCUAACACUAAUAAUGUUCUUCAA